AUGAAUCUCAGUGCUCUCCUCGGUCUCCUGACCUUUGCGGCGGCAGUCACUGCCGCUCCUCCCAAGGGCCCCUCUCGGUCCCAUUCCUCGGCAUCUAUUUCCAAUCUCAAGAACAAGAUCAAGAAUGUUGUUAUUCUUGAGAUGGAGAACCGCUCAUUCGACAACUUGCUUGGUGGCCAGACCCUCAAAGGACUGGAGAACCCAAUCAACAACGGUCCCUUCUGCAACCCGUACAAUUUGACCGAUGCUUCCGCGGGCAAAGUAUGCAGCUCUGCCAAGGACUUUGACUCCAUUCUGGACGACCCCGAUCACUCGGUGACCGGUAACAACAUUGAAUUCUACGGAUCAUUUGCUCCGAGCAAUGCGGCCAUUGCCAGCGGCAAGCUCACUCCCACCCAGCAGGGCUUCGUGCACGAGCAACUGCGUCGCUACGGUGACGAUGUCGACAAGGCAGCCCUAGCCAAGCAGGUUCUCAACUACUACACUGAAGAUGAAGUCCCAGUGUUUACCUCUUUGGUUCAAAACUAUCUCACGUUCAACCACUGGCAUUCUGACCACCCCGGACCCACCAACCCCAACCGUGCUUUCGUUCUGUCGGGUACCUCUUCCGGCCACGGAACCAACGAUGAGUCUUUCGACUCUGAUACCCACGGUCUGACCCAGCGCUCCAUUUUCCAACAGCUCUCCGAGACCAAUCACACCUGGAAGAACUACUACACAAGCACCGAUAUGAUUGAUGCCUACUUCUUCGACUGGACCUUCACGAGCAACAACACCGACAAAGCGCAGCCAUUGAAGAACUUCUACGCUGAUGCCAAAGCUGGCACCCUGCCCGAGUUCUCCUUCGUCGACCCCUCCUGCUGUGGCGUCGGCACAAACUCCAUGCACCCCACCGGUCUAGUCUCGGAGGGCGAAACCCUCAUCAAAAAUGUCUACGAUGCCCUCCGAUCCAGCCCCCAGUGGAACGAGACCCUCUUCAUCCUUACCUUCGAUGAAACUGGUGGUUUCCACGACCACGUUCCCCCUCCACUUGCAGCCCGCCCUGAUAACCUGACUUAUACCGAGACCGCGCCCAAUGGCGAGAACUAUACGUUCUCUUUCGAUCGCCUCGGUGGUCGAAUUCCCACUCUGCUGAUUUCGCCCUGGAUCGCCAAGGGUCAGGUCGAGCAGAAAGGAACUAACUCUGAGGGCAAGGUUGUUUCUUAUUCUGCUUCGUCGAUUCUGAGGACGUUGGGUUACCUUUGGGAUUUCAAGCCUUUUACGCCUCGUGUGGAGACUUCGGCUUCCUUUGAACAUCUUAUCCAGAAGAAGGCGCGCACAGAUACUCCUGUUGCUUUGCCUGAGCCGGUGGCUUUCAAGGCCAAGGUCUGA